AUGCUCUGCGUCCUGGCGUCGCCCGUCAGGUCAUUCUCGUGGACACCAGUACGCUCCGAAGAUGCGUUGACCCAAAGUAUCGACGUUCGUGCGGAAGACGCAUCGUCAAACACGACCUUGCUGGGCAACGGACGACAAACUGAUGUGCAGUGGGAUGCAUACAGCUUGGUGGUGAAGGGACAGAGAGUGUUCAUCAACUCCGGAGAGUUCCACACCUUCCGCUUGCCUGUUCCCGAUCUCUGGCGCGACAUACUCCAGAAGUUCAAGGCAGCAGGGUACAACACCAUCAGCCUCUACACGCACAUGGCCCUGCUCAACCCGGCUCCCGGAGUCCUCGACUUCAACGACUGGCGUGCCGUCCAGCCCCUGUACGAGAUAGCGAAGGAAGUAGGCAUCUUCAUCGUCUUGCGUCCGGGCCCCUACAUCAACGCCGAAACGACGGCGGGAGGCAUCGCACAUUGGCUCACGUCGACGGUCAACGGUACUCUCCGCACCAACGCAACCGACUGGUACGAGUCGUGGCAGGAUUACAUGCACGGCAUCGUCAACAACACCCUCGGGUACCAAAUCACCGAAGGUGGCCCGAUUCUUGUCAUAUCAUACUCAUACAUUAUAGAUAAUGAAUACGGUCAAUACCCUGACACUCACGCUGAAUACUUCGCGGAGCUUGAGGCCUUUUACAACUCAACCGGUAUCGUCGUUCCGUUGACGGCGAAUGAUCCGGGAGAGGGAGACAACUGGGUCACCGGCACCGGUGCCGUCGAACUUUAUGGUUUGGACGCUUAUCCUCAAGGCUUUGACUGUUCGACUCCUGAAAACUGGAGCCCCGUUGUCACCAACUGGCACAGCUACCACGAAGACCUCAAUCCAUGGCAGCCUUGGUACUUUCCCGAGUUCCAAGGUGGCGCUUUCGAUGCGUGGGGUCCUGAUGCUGCUGGUUACGAGAACUGUCGUGUCCUGACCGGUGCCGACUUUGAGAACGUCUUCUAUCUGGAUCUUUGGUCGACUAACGCCAAGCUGAUCAGCUACUAUAUGCUAUAUGGUGGAACUUCAUGGGGAGGCCUUCCUUUCCCGGGAGUAUACACUUCCUAUGACUACGGUAGUGCCAUCGCAGAAAACCGAGUGUUGUCGUGGAAGUACCCCGAAGUCAAGCGUCAGGGCUUGUUCUUGCGCAGCUCUCCUGAGUUUUACAAGACGGACUGGGUCGGCAACAGCAGCUCCGAUGCUGUCACCGUCUCCAAUCCGGACGUCUUUGUGACUUAUCUCCGUAACCCCGACACGUCGGCUUCGUUCUACAUUGCCAGGCAGAACGACUCGACCUCCACCGACACGACGACAUUCAAGCUCAACGUCACCACCUCUGCUGGAUCUCUCCAGGUCCCCCAGGUCGCCUCUAACAUCACCCUGUCUGGUCGUCAAUCCAAGAUCAUCUUCACGGACUACACAUUUGGUACCUCGUCCAAGAUCCUGUGGUCUACUGCCCAGAUCAUGUAUGCUGGUCGCAUCGGAGAUAGGGACGUUGUGCUCCUCUACGGCGACUCUGAUCAAGGUCACGAGACAGCUGUCUAUUUCACCGGCACACCGUACUCGCAAGCCAACUCGAGCGACGUCACCACCUCUCCUGCUUCGGAGAGCAACGCGACCGUCGUCAACUUCCUUCCUGGAAUCCAGGGUCUCGUCACUGUCUACGACUCGACCGAGCAGCUCGUCUUGUUCGCAGACACCGUCACGGCAGGAAACUUCUGGUCCCCCGACGUCCCGCCCAUCGAUACCUCCGAUGCCCUCGGCGCCUACUGGCAGUUCGGGACGAACACGUCCGUCCUCAUCGGCGGCCCCUACCUCGUCCGCAACGCGACCAUCGCCGGCUCCACGCUCGCGCUGUACGGUGACCUCAACGCCACCACGAGCCUGACGGUCGUCGCGCCGCCCUCGGUCGGCACCAUCACGUGGAACGGCGCACAGCUCUCGGUGGACGCUGCGGCGGGGAGCGGUCUGACGCACGAAGGCGGUUUCGUCGGCCAGCUGGCGCUGUCUGCGAGCGCCUCGGGCAUUAGCGUACCGCAGCUGGCGGGGUGGAAGUACGCGGACAGUUUGCCGGAGGUUCAAAGCAAUUUCUCGGAUGCCGGAUGGACGCUUGCGAACCAUACGACGACGGUUAUUCCGUUCCCGCCUUACUAUGGGGACGGGCGUAUUCUGUAUGGGUGCGACUACGGAUACUGCGAGAACAUCAACCUCUGGCGCGGCCAUUUCAAUGCCUCGCAGGACACGCAGUGGAUGAACCUGUCUAUCAAUGGCGGAGAAGCGUUCGCUGCCAGCGUCUGGGUCAAUGAUGUAUUCUUGAAUACCUCAUACGGCAACUCCACGAACGACCAAAACUCCAUUGUCGAGACAGACCAAAAGUUCUACUUCCCUGAAGGAUCCCUCAACAUUGGAGGCGACAACGUUGUCACCGUCGUUCAGCGAAAUGUAGCCACCGGCAACGAAGAAAAGUCGCCCCGCGGUAUCCGUGGUUUCGUGCUGAACACCGGCGAUUUUGGUGACUGGUAUGUCCAGGGCAAGAUCGGAGGAUACACCAACUACCCCGACAAAGUCCGCGGUGUGCUCAACGAGGGCGGUCUGUAUGGCGAGCGCGCCGGCUGGCACCUGCCAGGCUUCGAUACGUCCUCCUGGGAGGCGCGCGACCUCUCGCAGGGCCUGCCCAACAGCACGGCUGGCGUGGGCUUCUUCGUCACGACGUUCGACCUGAGUAUUCCCGCGGGAUACGACGUGCCCAUCGCCUUCAACUUUGAGAGUGAGCUGGGUCAGACAUACCGCGCGAGGCUGUUCGUCAACGGGUGGAUGAUGGGUCAGCGAGUCGCGAACCUCGGACCUCAGUACCAAUUCCCCGUGCAUCAGGGCAUUCUCGACUACAAUGGCACUAACACCGUCGCUGUCGCGCUUUGGUCCAUGGAGUCCACCGCCGUCUCGCCGACGCUAAAUCUCACCGUUCAAGGCGUGUACGAGGGCGGCGUGGGUAACAUUGCGCUCAACAACCCUGGCUGGUCUGCCACAGGCAGAGAGACGAGCGCAUAA